AUGCGCCAUCGUUUCUAUAAGCUCUCCUACGGCUUCAUCACUGCUGGUUCAAUGGACAAGACUCCAGGGAAUAACAAAUUAUUUUUUGGAUCUUCGGGUUGUGAACGACUCAAACACCAGUCCAGUUGUAGCAUCUGUCCCCGGGAGUAUGUCGAUGAGAGAGGUCUUUGGUUUGAGGACGGGGACAUGGUACAGACUCUGAAUCCAGUGACAUCGGUCUCAGUGAGCUACACCUGUGCUAGCGGCUCUGCUGUGGUCUCCUGGACAGCUGUGUUUGGAGCCACUUCCUACCGUGCCACUGCCACGAGUCGCAGCGGUACAGUUCUGUCCUGCACCUCGAGCACUACAGAGUGCCAAAUCCGAAAUCUAGCAUGUGGGGAGAACUAUAAUGUGCACGUCACAACCCUGUCAAACAACUGUGAGAGCACUGGCAAUGCCACCACAUCCUUCCAAACAGCACCCUGUCAUGCAAGCAACAUGCGCACAUCAGCGGACUGUCAGACUGGACUUCUGACCAGCAGAUGGGAAGGUGCAGAUGGAGCGCAGCAGUACAUCGUGGAGGCCUUUGGUAACAGAGGGAAUCAGAGCCACUAUAUGUGUAGCUCACUGACACAGAGCUGCACAAUCUCCAAUGUAAACUGUGGAGAAAGUCUUACCAUGAUAAUCACUGCUUCGGAUGAUGAGUGCUCCAGUGUGCUGUCUUUGGGAGAAGUAGGUCAGACUGAUCCAAAGUGCAAGUUCAGCGGGCUCCGCUGUGGAUCCAUAUACAACGCCUCUGUGAUUGCAUCCAACAUCAACUGCAACAGCUCUGUCAGUGACUCCAUCAGUGUAGAAACAGCUCCCUGUCCCCCUGGGAGUGUAGAAGCUCUUCUGGACUGUCAAGAGAACCAGGCGCUGGUGAGCUGGCUGGGAGCUCGGAGUAUAAUAUCCUUCACGGCCACCAUGGAGGACCAGCAUGGUGGUCUUCUCAGCUGUAGCACCACUGCCAACAGCUGCCGGAUCCCCAGCCUCAAGUGUGGCCAGGUUUAUGACAUUAGUGUCAUUUACCAUGAUGGAAUCUGUCCCAGUAUGCCUUCCAACGCCAUACAAAUGGAGUCUGUACCAUGUGGUCCAACAAAUGUUCGGGCUGAGGUGCAGUGCCCCUCAGGUGUUCUCUCACUCAGCUGGGACAGAACAGAAGAUGCUGAGGGUUAUAUCGCCACUAUAGUCUCCAAGACCUCUGGAGAGCUGGUUUACUGCAACUCUACCUUGCCUUCCUGUAAUGUGAGCAAUCUGCAGUGUGGUGAUUCAUACUCUGUACAGGUCAAGUCGUACAACGGCUCCUGUGUGAGCAUGCCAAGUUCACCUCUAGUGGUUAGAGAGGGUGUUGACGGGCAGCGUACAAAGUGCUCCUCCAACACAACAACAUGUAGUGUUGACCUUGACUGUAGCAGUGUAUACUCCAUCAGCGUGAUGGCUGUAGAUGGUAAUUGCUCCACCUGGGAGAGUCAGAAGGUUACCCUGCACACAGUUCCCUGCCCACCAGUGAACAUCCAGAGCACUAUGAACUGUAGUACCAACUCUGCCACUCUGUCCUGGACGGCCAGUGCUAACGCAGUGUCCUACAGAGGCAGGGCUUCAGGCAGAGAUGGCCACAAUGUGACGUGUGAUGUCAGAACUCCCGGGUGCCAGUUAAACGGCCUGCACUGUGGACAGGAGUAUGUGUUUGUCGUAACUGCUUCUGAUGGAAGCUGUGAAAGUCCAGACAGCGUCAAGAACAGACAUAAGACAGCACCGUGUGCCCCUCAAAGUGUGUCCAGAUCCCUGGAUUGUGCCUCUAACAGCCUGAACAUAAGCUGGGCUCUCGGUCUCACAGCUCUAAACUACACCGUCCUCGCCAGGACUACAGGUGCCACUGUGCCCAGUUGUACCACAAUGAGCUCCGGUUGUAUCAUCACUGGACUGCAGUGCGGUAAGAACUACACUGCUGUGGUCACAGCAAACAACGGAGAGUGUCAAGGGCCAGAGACUGUGACCAGUCCUCUCCAAACAGGGCCGUGUAUUCCCACGUCAGUCCAGGCCAAUGUGGAGUGUGUGAGUAACACAGUGAGGGCAUCAUGGGGUCCGGCAGCUGGAGCUUUGUCCUACACUGGUGUUCUGACAGGCCCGGGCCAUUACAAUGAAUCCUGCCUGACCUCUGGCCUCUCCUGCUCCUUUAGGGGUCUGUCCUGUGCACAAACCUACAUGCUAAAUGUCAUCUCUCAAGACAGCCAAUGCAACAGCCCAGUCAGCCCCAAUGUCUCUGUCACAACAGCUCCUUGUGACCCUGAGAGCGUGAGUGCCGUGCUCAAGUGUGACUCUCGUACGGUAAAUGUGUCGUGGCAUGCUGCCGCUGGUGCCAGCAUUUACACGGUCCUGGCACAAACACAGAAUCAGAGCAUUCCUUCCUCUUCCUGUCGUACCUCGGCCACUUCCUGUGACCUCACACAAAUCCAGUGUGGGGAGGUUUUUAAUGUCACAGUUCUUGCCGAUGACGGGGCCUGCAACAGCUCAGCACGGGCCAGCACUAAACUGGAGUCAGCACCAUGUCCUCCGACAAUGAGGCCUCCUUCACUGAACUGCAGCACUAAUGUGGCCCUGGUGUCCUGGGUGAAGGACCCAGAUGCUGUGAGUGUCCGUGUCAAUGCCACCUCUGUCCUGGGACACACCGUCACCUGCAGCUCUUCUGCAAACAACUGUUCUCUGGAUGCCUUGCUAUGUGGUCAGACGUACAGUGUGUAUGCUGUGGCCCAGGGCCCUCAGUGUGAGAGUGCACCUAGUGCUCCAUUCACUAUUGUCACAGCCCCCUGCACCCCAGCCAAAGUGAACGCUAACUACAGCUGUGGCACCAGCACAGAGCUGAGCUGGACUGACAGUCUGGGCCGAGAGAGCUUCUAUGUGCUUGCACAGACGACCGGUCACUCAGACUCCUGCAGCACAGUCCAAACCCACUGCUCCAUCAAUUCACUGAGAUGUGGAAGUCUUUAUAAUGUCUCUGUGGAUUCAAUCUCUGGACACUGCAACAGCAGCCACGCAGCCCGCACGCAGCUACAGACAGCUCCUUGUGCCCCAAGUAAUGUGACUGUAAGACUUCAGUGUUUGAACAACACUGCCGUUGUGUCCUGGGAGGGAAGUCCUGGUGCCGUGGGCUAUAACGUCACUGCUGUGGGACAUGAUGGUGAUAUCAAGCACAGUUCCUGUCCUGCCAGCGAUGUUCAAGUUUCUCUACAAUGCAAUGGUAAUUUGGGACGUGUCCGCUGGACUGCUGCCCAAAAUGCGGAAAGUUACAUUGCCAUGGCAACGGGUAUGGAUGGCCACACCCACACUUGCACCUCCAAUGGCACCAAUUGCACCUUCAGUGAUCUGCACUGUGGUGAAAACUACACUGUUACAGUGGCCACGGUGGAUCGUGGCUGUCAGAGUCCACCCAGCACACCUGUCAAUCUAAAAUCAGCUAUCUGCCCACCCUCGGAUUUGGCUGGUUACACCAACUGUGCUACAAAUGACAUCAGCAUUACAUGGCACCCCAGCCCACAGUCUGGAGUCACUUACUUCCUGUUCAUCCAUCAGGUGGAUGGGCUGAACUCCACCUUCAACACAACCCAAACCUCAUAUGUUCUGACAGGGUUGCACUGUGGAAUGAGUUUCAUCGUACAAGCAGCAGCUCAGGACAGCACCUGCACCAGUCCAUACGGACCCCCAACACAGAUCUACACAGCUCCUUGUCCACCUAGUAACCUGACAGCUGCUGCUAGCUGUGGCACAAACAGGGCCACGAUCAGCUGGCUGAACGGCACAGGGGCAAACUCCUAUAAUGCCAAUGUGUUGGGAAACAAUGGGCAAACUGUUUCUUGUACUUCCAACACCACUUCUUGUUCUGUGAAGGUUGAAUGUGGACUUUCAUAUGUAGCCACUGUGGUUUCCACGGUUGGCCUCUGCAACAGCACCACUAACAACAGCAUUCACUUUAAAUCAGCGGAUUGCCUGCCUAGUAAUGUGAUGGCCCAGUUAAGCUGCAAUUCUAACAUGCUAGCUGUACACUGGGACCCCAGUGCAAGCAACCCUGACUCCUAUACAGCCCUGGCUAUUGGUACAGAUGGCACUCGUCUUUCCUGCAACACAAACUCUACUUCCUGUACCAUUCAGAACUUAAGAUGUGGCCACACUUAUAGCAUUGCCGUGACCUCAUCCAACAUCAACUGCGGAGUCAUUGAGGGUUCAGACUACAAAAUCGAUACAGCCCCCUGUCAACCACAGAGCCCAGCUGUUCAACUGCAGUGCAGCACUAACAUUGCAACAGUAACAUGGGCCAAUAAUGGAGCAGAUCAGUUUGAUGUGGUGACUGCGCUCAACUUUACCGGUGGUGCGAUGGUGUGUAAUAGCACAAACAGGUCUUGUACGUUCGCACAGCUACGCUGUGGUGAGUCGUACUCACUCAGUGUAGUUGGAUUCAAUGGAAACUGCACCAGUGAACCUAGCGAGAGCUUCAAUCUUAAUACAGCUCCGUGUAUGCCCACUUACGUUGUGGCGACCAAAAACUGCGGCACGUCUAUCACCACUGUAACCUGGGAUUCUGCCCGUGGUGCCAGCAGUUACACUGUUAAUGCCGUGAGCACCUGGGGGAGUAACAGGACAUGGUCCAACACAGACAGCUCCUGCUCUUUCCCAGACCUGGACUGCGGACAAAACUACACUAUAACAGUCACAGCUGAAGAUGACAACUGUGUGAGCCAGACCAGUGCACCUAUCACUGUCACAACAGAUCCAUGUCCACAGUCUGAUCUACAAGUAACUCUGGACUGCAGCACUGACUCUGCUCUGAUUUCAUGGACCCCCGGUAGGGGCAUUCUGAUGUAUAACGCUUCUGCCAAGGGCUUUGAUGUAAAUCACCAAGUCAGCUGCAGUACACCUGGCUCUGCCUGCAAUGUCACCAACCUGCACUGUGGCAGCCGUUACCAAGUCAGUGUGAGAGGAGAAGGGCUCACCUGCCCCAGCCAAUCAGAUGACUGGAUUGCCCUCAAGACAGCACCAUGUCCACCCACUCAGGUGUCUAUCCAGUCAUCCUGUGACUCAGACACUGUGUCCGUUUCCUGGAAAGCCUCUCAGGGCUCUGUGUCAUUCAUGGCUGUUGCCGAGAGCAGCGGAGGUCAUAGGGUGACCUGCAACACCAGUGACCUCGCCUGUGAUAUUACAGACCUCCAGUGUGGACAUACUUAUCAAAUUUAUGUUGCUGGUGUUGAUGAUGACUGUAUUGGAUCCAGGAGUGAAGUUCACAUUCUUAAAACAGCCCCUUGUGUGCCUCAGAAUGUGCACCCUAUUCUGGAAUGUCAAGCUACUGUUCUCAAUGUCACCUGGCAGCAGACAGGUCAAGCCCAUCACUACCACACCACAGUGCUGCGCAGCGAUGGUCAAGUGCUGGGGUGUGACUCUAAUACAACCUUCUGCCAAAUUCCGAACAUCGUUUGCGGACUGACUUACAGUGUGACCGUGGUCGCCUAUAGUCAAACCUGCAACAGUUCCCAAAGCUCUGUGAAACAUGUCACCUCAGCCCCUUGCCCACCAGAUGCUAUCUUUGCCGUCUUGGACUGUGAUUUAAACACUGUGUCUGUGUCCUGGGACUCGAGUGUAGAUGGUGUCCUCUACAUCGCACGAGCCUUUUACUCCAAUAACAACGAUUACUACACGUGUAACACCACAGAAACCAGUUGUGAUAUCACUGUGGCCUGUGGCAUGGAUUAUAAUGUGACUGUAGUGCCAUUAAGGGACGGCUGCACUGGAGAGAACUCACCGGUCCAGUAUGUUACGGCAGCUCCUUGCGUUCCCCUCAUGUUGGACGUUGAAAUGGACUGUCUGUCUGAUUCGGCUUGGCUGACAUGGGAAGAGUCAGAAGGGGUGGAGCUCUACAUCGCCACAGCGACUGACAGUGAUGGAUUUGAGUACCAGUGUAACUCAACUGAGACCCAGUCCCCUUGUCCGCCUCAGAAUGUGAUCACGUCUGUGGGGUGUGACACUGGUACGGUGAGUGUGUUGUGGGAUGAGAGCGUUGGCGCAUUAAGCUACACUGCCACUUUGGAGCGUACAGAUGGAGACACCACCUGCUGCACAGCAAGCUCCACUUCCUGUGAGGUCACUUCACUUCCCUGCGGCCAGAUGUAUGUCCUGACAGUCACUGCUGAGGGAAGGACAUGCAACAGCUCUCAGAGCAUUGAGGUCAUCGUACGCUCAGUUCCCUGUAUUCCGGAGAGUCUGGUGUCAAGUACUAGCUGCAGUAAUAAUGUAGUCACCAUGUCAUGGGUGAGCAAUGAGGCUGGGGAGCUCUAUACGGUCCAGGCCUUCAGCGCUGAUGGGUUAUUCUCUGACAGCUGCUCGGGGUUUGGUCAGUCAUGUGAUCUCAAAUCACUGACAUGUGGUGAGCCUUACACUGCCACAGUAGUAGCACAGGACAGCGUCUGCACCAGCGCACCAAGUCAAGUUGCUUCAAUCAGGACAGUGCCCUGUGUGCCGGAUAAUGUGACUGCUAAUGUGAGCUGCCAAGGGAAUGAUCUGUCUGUGUUCUGGGAGGAGAGCGCAGGAGCAGACUCAUACACAGCUGUGCUAGAGGACAGUAAUGGCCAAUUCACCAGCUGUCAGAGCAUGAUCCACACCACCUGUACAGUUAACAGACUUGUCUGCGGACAGACCUACCGUGUCAGUGUGACAGCAUCAGACGGAUACUGUGACAGCUUGCCCAGUGCCAUCACUGAAGUUCAGUCAGCUCCUUGUAUGCCUCGUAACAUUCGGGCACUCAUGGACUGUCAGUCUGGUGUGGCUAUAUUGUCGUGGCAGUCAAGCACUGGGGCGUUGCAAUACACAGCCACAGCAGUAAGUGAGUCUGGCCAUGUACUCAGCUGUGAAAAUAACUUAACUAACUGUGAGCUGACCGGACUGGCCUGUGGUGAGAGCUACAACAUCACUGUGUUAGCAGAAGGACAGACCUGUAGCAGCACUGCAACCAUGAGUGGACACCUGAAUACAGGUCCUUGCCCACCUCAGAAUGUUGAAGUGCAGUAUGGCGUGUCUAUUGGCCAGCUGUCAUGGGACAGAAGUAAAGGUGCUUCCAUGUACACAGCACAGGCUGCCACUGAUCUGGGAUCAGUGCUGUCCUGCUCCACCAGUGACACCUCCUGUGCCCUCUAUAAUGUGUCCUGCAGUCAGACAUAUGACAUCACUGUGACAGCACACAACAACGUCUGCCAAGGAGCUGCUGUGUCUGCAUCAACUACUUUAAACACAGAACCCUGCCCGCCCCAGAACGUGCAAACCCAUCUGAAUUGUACAAGUGAUGUCGGGACUGUGUCUUGGGAGGAGAGUUUGGGGGCAGUGGCAUAUAUGGCUUUCCUGGAGGGUCGCAAUGGACACAUCCUGUCCUGCUCCACAACUAGCUCCAGCUGCAGGGUGACGGGGUUGAUCUGUGGAACAGUUUACAGCACUCAAGUACGCGCCAUUGGAGAAACUUACAACAGCACAGACAGCGAAACAGUUCUCUUCACAUCAGCCCCCUGUCCACCAGAUUCCAGUGCAGUCACUGUUGACAUGAACUGUGAGAAUGCCACGGCAUUGUUCAGGUGGGCCUGGAGUGGCGGAGCUGCAUCCUACGAGCUCACUGCUAUCAGUAACAAUGGCUACAUCGCCUCCUGCAUUUCCCAAGACAAUUUCUGUAAUAUCAGCGAACUAGCCUGCGGACAGACUUACACAGUCAGGCUCACAGCAAUCAGUGAUGAAUGUCAAAUUACUCAGGAGACGGGAGUGACAUUCCAAACACGUGAGUAA